AUGCGUGGCUUCGCCCGACCCACGAAGCUAGAGGCUUCUACUUCAGAUAUCCUGGAGAUCUCCGCAGAGAACCUACCCUUACCUUCACAAACACCAACUUCCCCCCAGACACCCGCAAAUCCAGUCUUGAGGAAUUUUUCAUAUCCUACGAGUAUCACAUUAGAUACUAGACCUGCGUCAAAACCUACGUCCUGUCUCGUUGGUCCGACCACCUGGAAUCAGCGUGGUGUUAUUUGCAGCUUUUCUCCAGAUAACAUUUUGAGAGCCGGUACUGUCGAACUAGAGCACAAAAACUCCUACUUACCAUCUACAAAUACAACUACUCAGAAAGUUGGUGUUGAACGCUCUCACCCCAUUCCAUCCGUCUCUCAGCAGGAUCGCCGCCCUAUCGAUUUGCGGCCAUCGAACAGUUUUACAAAAAGCACCACCUUGAGAGAAAAUAUCGAAGUUGGAAACAAGAAGCAUACGUCUCAGGGAAACGUGAGGGCGCAGAACCAGUCGCUCCAAUCUCAUACGUUGAAGACUACUCAAAGCGAGCGAACCAAACUUGUCGAUAAUACAUCAGGCGAGGAGCGAACUCAUAGCCACUCGUCCAACAUUGCAAUUCGUUGUCGAAGUGGCCUGCUGGGUCAUCAAAGAGCUGCCAGGUCGCUCGAGCUUUCUCAAUUGUUUGACUUCGAUGACGAGAGGUCUAGGAGGCCUGUCUCAAGUUCAGGAGCACCUGUUGUGAAAGCCCACAGGAAGGAUUCUCGUCUUGAAGAUAACCAGCUUGGGUUAAAGGACCACACCGUUGUGGUCAUCUCACCGAUUAAAGCCCUUCGACAAGGCAGCCGAGGUCUUGUCAUGGAGCAAAUACGGCGCCGCUCCAUCACUUCGAGCGAAGAGUUGCGAGUUGGUAGGCAAGAUGGAGCGAAAGCCCGCAAGGGUAAGGAAAGCAGGGGAGGGUGGAUGUCGCAUAUCAGAGAAUGGCUAUCAACUUCUGAGCCAUCUACACAGGCUCUGAAGAACUACAAGAAAGAGGCAUUCAAACGUGCUGGUACUAGCCCCGACGAUCCGAGAGCUACCGCAAAACUCCACAUUCCUACAGCGACUUUGCCUCCAGAGGCAAUCAAACCAUCCGGCCGUGGCCUUGACCCUGAAGACGUCCUAAGAAAGGAGACAGAACGCAAGAAGAGACUUAGACAGUCUUUCCAAACGAUAGCGAGCUCGUCUGGCGGUUCCCGAUCAAGCGCUAGCCGGCAUUCAUCACUCAGCAGCCUACCAUUCAAAGAGCCUAGGGAAGAAUCUUAA